CUCAGUCAGAAGUUCGCGCUGAAGUUCACGGCUUCGUUUCCAGUAUCUGUCCACCAGGGGGCACCGCCCGGGGGAGGCUCAAUCCAAACCAAUCACUCCGCUUCUCCUCGUACCAUGAGCUGAAUUUGUCCGGGACAGACCAGGGAAGAUGGCGGCCACUGACGCUUCCCGGUCCGAAGCUGCCAAACAGCGACGGCAGGAUCAGCUACAGCGAUGGCUGGGCUCGGAGACGGAUCGGACGGGAUCGGAGGCCCGGGAAACAUUGAGCGGUUCAGUGACGCGGCGGGCGAAAGUCCGAUUCGCCCAAGGAGCCGUGUUUAUGGCCGCCUGCUCCGCCGGAGACCGGGAGGAGGUGGCAGCUCUUCUCCGCCAGGGAGCUGACAUCAACCACGCCAACAUAGACGGACUGACAGCGCUUCAUCAGGCCUGCAUUGAUGAAAAUGCUGAGAUGGUGCAGUUUCUGGUGGAGAGCGGGAGUGACGUCAACAGAGGGGACAACGAGGGCUGGACUCCUCUGCACGCUGCAGCAUCCUGCGGCUUCAUCCAGAUCACUAAAUACCUGAUAGAGCACGGCGCUCACGUCGGGGCGGUGAACAGUGAAGGAGAGCUUCCUCUUGACGUGGCCACAGAAGACGCCAUGGAGAGACUUCUCAAAGCUGAAAUCAAAAAACAAGGAAUAGACGUGGACAAGGCCAGAAAGGAGGAGGAGAGGAUCAUGCUCCAGGACGCCAUGGCGGUGCUGGCAGGAGGUGGCACUCUCACACCUCACCCAAACACCAAGGCGACCGCUCUGCACGUUGCCGCUGCCAAAGGCUACAUCGAAGUCCUGAAGGUGCUGUUACAGUGUGGGGUGGAUGUGGACAGCAUGGACAUAGACGGGUGGACGCCCCUGCAUGCAGCAGCUCACUGGGGGCAGGAGGAGGUCUGCAUCCAGCUUGCUGACAACAUGUGUGAUAUGGGUGCCGUCAACAAUGUGGGCCAAACACCUCUAGACGUUGCAGAUGAGAGCCUUGCGGACACACUGGAGCAGCUACAGAAGAAACAGAACGCUUUACGCAGCUUGAAAGAGAAACAGACUCCUGUUAUUGAGCCGGGCCCGCAAAUCUCCAUGGUACCAGUACGCACACGCAGGACUUCUAUCUCUCGUAUGAGCAGUAAAGAGAAGAUCUGCCUCCAUGAGCGCGAGAAGCACCCGUCUCCUGCCCUGCCGAGCAGCCCGGCUGAGGAUGAGGAGGAGGAAGGCCAGACGGGACAGAGUCAAUCUCAGAGCCAGGGGAAGGCCUCCAGUAGCUCCAGCUCGGAGGAGGAGAGCGAAUCCGAGAGCGAUGCAGAGUCCGAGAAAGUGAAAAGCAGAGAGAUUAUCAACAACUUGAACAACAAACGCAACGCCACCAGCCUGCUUCCUACCUCCAUGUCAACGAGUACUGCUGCAAGCCAAGCGAAAAAGCAGGACCCAAGCAAGCCCCCAGCCACUGAGGCCCCAGGAUCCUGGAGAACGUCUCUGAGGAAGGCAGGCAGCUCGGUGACUCUGGGCUCAGCCGGACUGCCCGACUCCAGCCAGGACCCCAGCAGACCUCCAGACACUGGCCUGGGAAUGAUCCGCUCUGCCUCCAGCCCCCGCCUCAGCUCUGAGGCUGACACCAAGGAGCCGAGGCUGGCUCGGGUACCGCCCAUUCCAACACGGAGACUCUUCAGUAUUCCAGACAGCAGCCCUGACAACUCCAACAGUUGGCUAAGCCGUAGCUCCUCUUACACACGGCGCCUUCAUAGUCAAUCAGGGAAUGAUCUCACUAGUUCCACCCCCUCUUUGCUUCUCAGCUCAUCUUAUGGAAAGAGACUGGAUGACCCCACUGUGACCUCAGCUAGCACAGGAACAAGCUCUACUGGACUCAGUCGCUUUAAUAGUGUCUUGGGCCAGAGACUUCCUCAGGAACAGACAGAAAAGAAGGAUCAGUCUGCCGUCUCCAACUCUCAGAGCACGACCACAGGCGAGCAGGAGACCAAGCAGAGGCGCAAAUCAUAUCUGACACCAGUGCGGGAUGAGGAGGCAGAGGCACAGAGGAAGGCUCGGUCCCGACACGCUCGUCAGUCCCGCCGCUCCACUCAGGGGGUGACGCUAACAGAUCUGCAGGAGGCAGAGAAGACGAUGAAGACGGACAACAAAGGGAGAGACAAGAAGGAGGAGGAAGAGAAAGAGAAAGAAGCAAAAGCGAAGAAGGGAGAGGAGGGGGAAGUGAGCUGGAGGUCUCGUAUUGCCAGUCUGCAGAAGUCCGACCUGCUGGGCCUCACACAGCCCACUGGCACUCCACGGCCUCAGACAUCUGACAGGAGAGAUGUUGAGGCCAGCACAGGGGAGAGUGAGACAGAGCGAUGGGCCAGGGAGCGCAGGGAGAGGAGACAAGCUCGGGCCAGAAGGAAGGCACAGAGGACCGGGGAGAGUGAUGACAAUGAUCCCAGUGGAGAGGAAGAGUUCUCAGGCAGUGGGCUGGAUCCACAGACAGACCAACACUUGAGUUCCAGGUCGGACAUAUCCUAUAACGACUGUACCCAGGGAGAAGGCUCUGAGACCAAGGAUUUUAAGAAGUUGUUCGAGGAGGUCUCCAGAGAAAACAGUCAGCUCCAGUCUCAGCUGCAGGACACCCAGAGGAUUGUCAGUCAGACUAGACUGGACCUAGAAAAGGCCACACAGAGACAGGAGCGCUUCACUGACUGUUCAGCCUUGCUGGACCUGGAGAGAAAGGACCGGAGGAUGUUGGAGCGGCGAAUGGCAGAGCUGGAGGAGGAGCUGAAGGUUCUGGUUGACCUGAGAGCAGACAACCAGCGUCUUAAAGAUGAAAAUGGAGCACUGAUCCGUGUCAUCAGCAAACUCUCCAAAUAGAUGGAGAGAGACACGAAGAGCAGGGAACCCCCUCCCCCUCCCCCCAUCCAUCCAUCCAUCCAUCCCUCCCUCCCUCCUUCCACACAUUCCUCCCAGUGCCAAAGAGCGAGAGAGAGUGAGAGAGGAGAGAAGAGAGAAGCAGCAGAAUGUCCUACGUACAUUAACACAGCUUGACUUGGAUUGUGAUGCCUCUCUAUGAACAGCUGGAGUGGCUUUAGCGUGCCUUAAUGCCCCUUUGUCACAGGAAGACCUAUGGCAUGAAGGCCUGUGGCUGCGGUCAGAGGCUUGCACAGUAGCAACAUGAGACUUGACAACAGCCUGAAUGUUCCACGGCUGGUGCAACACACAAAACACAACAUCUACUACGACUGUGCAUCAGGGGAACACGAACAUGCACACACAUUCCUACGCGUGCAUCACACACUUCCUCGAUGCACAUUCCACGAGCGCACGAGGCAGCUUGGGCCUUAAAGCUCCCACUUAGUAUUUAUUUUUUGUGAACACACUCACGGCACACAUUCACAAAUUUACCCCACUCACAGAUCAAAUCUAAUGUUUUGUCAAGCAAUAAAGGUUUUGGGUGUAGGUCUUUAAAAAAAACAACCCAGCUCUGAAAAGCAUUUCAGGCUCUGUCUUUACAUUCGGCAACAUCCUGACGACGGGGAAGUCCAUGAAGCUCUGUUGGGUUGUUUUGUUUCCACAUGCAAGUGUUUGAACCCACCUACCUCUCCACCUAUGCACUUCCCCACAUACAUUUUUAUUUUUGUGACCACAGACACUCCAUGCUCUUAAAAACAAAAAAAUGACCGCAGAACCAGGUCAGUCGACCACAGCACUUUACUCUCUGCAAAGCAAGAAAAGAUCUGCGAGGCUUUGCCCGUCCUCCAGACAGACAAACUUAUUUCAGAGCAGCGCCUUCUCACUUAGCAAGUGGAGGGAGAAGUUACCCAUAGCUGAAGGUCAAAGGUCAUUGCACAAUUAUAGAAAUUGCUGUUCUGUCAAAGCCUAUUAUGCUAUGGAUGGUUUUAAUUAUUACCAUUGAUAAAAAUAUUAUUUUCAUAGUUUUUCAUUGUCAAUUCCUCUCUUACAAGGGAGCAUGGUUAUGUAUAUUAAAUGUGUAUAAAUAUUAGUCUUGAAUAAUACCCCCUUUGAAGUAAAAUUCCAUGUAGCCUUUCUUCACAUGUUGGUUUUCUAAUAUAUUGAAUGGAUGUCGGCACCCUAAUAAAGAAAAAAGUGUGUUUGUA